CGUGACCAUCGGUGCGGAGGGAGCGCUGACGCGCUAUUUAAAUAUUCUGGAAGGGGGAGGGGAGCCGGCGCGGUCUGUGUUCGCCAGUUGGGAGUUUCGGCUUCGCGUCCCAGUGAACCAUGGGCAGCCCUGAGGAGAGAGACUGGGUUGAUGUCGCCAAUGAUCUUCUUAUGAAAUGUCAUAUAAAUCUGCAUGUGACAAAGCUCACAGAAUGUGGUGCUAAUGUAUUUGUUGGACUUUAUGAGUCAAUCUUGGGAGAAAAAGUACCAGAUUUCAUAGCCUCUCCCAAAAGCCAAGAGGAUGAUGCACAUAAUGUGCAAGCAGUAAUAGAUUCUCUGGCAUUGGACUACUUGCAGGUCAGCUUGUCUCACGUCACUGGAGAGAACGUUGUGAAAGGAGAGAGAGAAUCUAUCCGAAAUCUGUUAGAAAUAUUUGAUGGCCUGCUUGAAUAUCUUACAGAACAAAUCAGUGAAACUUCUUCUCAGAAUGGGGAUGAACCUGACCAGCUAGCUAACAAUGAAAUUCAAAGGGUGCUUCAAGAGCAGCUGGAAGGUGACCAUGAGGAACCUGUGCCACCUCUGAAACUUCCAUCAGUUGCGGAGUCUUCCCAGUCAGAUAUUUUUGUCCCAUCUUGGGAUGUAGAAGGAUCAGAAUCUACUAGCGAAUUAAUCAGACUUGGGGACACUGCUCAUUCAUUUUCUCUAAGAAAGGAAGAGUUUGAGCUCCCUGAAAUGUUGCCGGCAGAGAGAGAGAGGUCUAAGGAGAUCAAGGAACCUGAAGACUCUGGGGCUACUGUGGCAUCCUGUCAACUUGUGGUAUCAUCUAGUCAGCUUUCCAGCAGCAGAAGAGCACUUGUAAAAGAGAGGGAAGGAUCAAUGGAUUCUGUUAAUUCCACUGAAUUUCUCAAAGAGAGUUUGAGUUCCAGUGCUAAAAAGCUUGGGGAGCCCAUACGCCCAGCUAUUCCUUUGCAACCACCAUAUCAGCCUCCUGAACCCAUGCCUCAUUAUUCAAUGGGAAGGGAAUACCAAAGUUCAGCCAGACAGUUCCCAGGUUUGGCUAACAGUCAUGGACUUGAAGCUUCUGUUUUUGCAGAACCACUUAGACAGGAGUCAACUACUUCUGAUAGUGUUUCUCUGUCAAGACUUGCCCCUGUUUUUCCAGUUGGAGAUAAGGCAGUGUCAAAAGAUGAGCGAAACGGCAUGGAUGAUGUGGCUAAGGCUCUUGAUGUGGAUGCCUCACAUACAUCAACUACCUGCUUACACCAAGACAUCUCACCAGGCACUGACCAGGUAAUAUCAGUAGCACGAAUCACAAAACCUGAAACAAGAAGUCCGUCUAGUGGAAAAAGCAGAUCUGAAAAUUUUAUCACAAAUUCAUUUGGAGAGGAGCCCCUUUCCUGCAGAAGGGCAAAGAAUAAAUUAUCUGAGCAAGAGCUGCAUGAAAUGUCAGAAAAACUCUCUCGCAGGUUAAAUGAACUAGAUUUAAUGUUAAAGAGAGCUUUGGGUGAGCAUCCCAGGGAAGAGAUGUUGACAGAUGAAGAUAAACUGUCUCAGCACAGUGAUAGUGUAAUGGAUUAUCGGGGAAGGAAACCUCACCAAGCCACCCCACAUCCAAAAAGAUUUCUUAGCAGACCACGGUCCCUUUCUCCAUCCCCACCCUCAUCCAGGUAUCUACCUCACUCUGAGUUUGAAGAUGCACUUCAGAGAGAUGCCAGAGGCCAGAUGGGGAAAACGCGCAGGCAAUUGCAAAAGGAAAUGGACCAGAGAAGAAUAAAAGCCAAGCUGAUGACUAAAGCCUAUGAAGAAGAAUUAAGAAUUUUUGAAGCUAGAGAGAAACUGGGCCUCUCCAAGCUAAAAGCAAAAGCCAGGGAAACGGAACAAGAAUACCAAGAAAACAUCUUUAAAGAACCUCCAAAAAUGCCUCGGCCAGUGAAAGUUUAUUCUAGAAAAACCACACCUCGGCUUCCCAAACAGAGCCAGUGGAUUCCAAGAGGAGGGUUUGCAAAGCCAAAGAAAGCAGCUCAGAUGAAAGUAAAGGAUAAUGACCUCCUGCCUCUGCUACUGGAAGAGUUUCCAUACCUGCACAUUUCCCACCAGUCUUUGAACAAAAUGUGGCAACAGCAGCUUGCACAGAUGGAACAACUGAAAUCUGCUUCUGGCAAAGACAGAUCAAGACUGAAACUCCAAAGUGAAGUGGAAGAAGCACUGAAGAAGCAUGACCUCCUUGUUGACAUCAUAAAGAAAGAUCAAGACCAUAACAAGAGACUGCAAGAGUUUAAGCAACGCAUAUAUCGGCAGAAGUUUGCUCAGAAUAAAAUGAGAGAGAAACGUCAGCAAAUUGCUCAAGCCAAGAAGUACUAUGAGGAUUACCGUGUUCAGCUGCGUGCCAAAAUGAUGCGGGCUAGGACACGGGAAGAAAGGAUAUUUAAGAAUCUAUUUGAAGAAGGUUUAGAAAUUCAGAAGCAAAGGCUGCAGGAGCUGAGAACCUAUAGUAAAGAAAAGCGUGCUGAGCAAAGAAGAGUACACCAGAAUGAACUGGAGUCCAUGGAGAACUACUACAAGGAUCAGUUUUCAAUGCUGGCAGAAGCUGUAUCACAAGAACGUCAAGAAAUCCAAGCCAGAGAGAGAGCACAAGUAAAAACACUGCACAAAACAAAAAGGGAGUUAAGAUCAAAGAUGGAAAAGGAUAUACAGCAGCUGCAGAGUAUGAUAACUCAAAAUGAUGAUGACUCCUUCUUCCAAGAGCUGGAAGCAGAACGACUGAAAUCCAGACUUCAAAUGGCUUCUUUUCAAUAUAGCAAAAACUAUUUCUUGUAAGACAUACUAUUAAAUAUCAAUGCAGAUUUUGUCUGGCUAAGAUAUUGUUAGGGGUAUGUUGGGGAAUUGCCACAACCAGAAGGUGGUGGCUGGUUGUUCUGUAAAAUGUUGUCUGUUGGGUUUGCAUUGUGAAAGGCAUAGUGUUAGAUGUGUCAGUAACUAGGACUUGAGUAUUUUUAACAUACCUUUUUAAUAAAGUUAAACUAAUUAGAUUGUUUAAACUUGAUAAAGGAGAAUCAGACUCUUUCAAGCUACCAUUCAGCCUUCAGGUCAAAGUUUUUAACCCAAGUUUUGCUGAAGAACAUAAUAUCCUAAAGGGCUGAAUAUGAAAAUUCCUCCAGAUCAGUGCUACAUUAGGUAUUUCAGGCUGAAUCAAUGCCUUCUGAAAACUUGACUGCAAAAUAUGAUACUAAUGUGGUGGCAGCUCUUAAAAACAAAGCACCACUUGCUCAAAUUCCUUGAGACAGCAGGUCAGAAUAAGGGUUUCACCCAAUCUUUGACAUACAAAUCAAUUAUUUCAUGUACCCCUGUAAGGGGUGGGGUGAGGUAGGGAGGAGAAGCACUUCACCACACUGUACACAGCAUUACAACAGUGCUUAUAGGAUACAUUUACAUAUGAUUUAGCCUGGAAUAAAGUAUUAUGACUCUUAAUAGCUAGUACUAAAUGAGAUUGAGGACAUAAGUACUCUAAACAAUCUUGUUAUCUUAUUCUUAAAAUAGUUCUUAAUCACUCACACUUCAAAAUGUAGAACAACACUUUUUGCUAAAUAUAACUGGUAGAAGAACUUGCAGGCUCUUAAUUACUUCCUAGAGAGCAUAAGUGUAUCUUUACAUUUCAAUUUUACAGGGGUUCUCUGUGCAACUUAUUGCAGCAAUCUACUGCUAGUAUUCCAGUUAUAGGUGGUACUUAUUCCCCACCAUAAAGGUAGGUUAUAUCUACAAUGGUCAAACCAGGUUAGUAUUUGCACUAGGCUGAGGUAGACUAUAAACAAGCUGCUUUUGAGAGCACAUGGUUUACUUCACUGAGCUACUUGGAAAGACACUGUCCUAGUAACAUAAUGCAAGCAUUUAGACCUAAAACCACCUUAACAUCUUGUUACACUAACAGUCUAUUUGAGAACAGGUAAGGUAAGCAGUAGGUUUGACACUAGUGGGGAAAAGAAAGAUGUAAUACUUGCAUUUACCAUUCUUACUGCAAAACCUAUUCAGCUAUCAUGUUGAGGUAAGAGAACUAGUCUGCCACCACAUUUAAGGCAAAGACCCUAAAGUUCACUGUGAAUUUAAUAUCCUACCGCUUAUACUGGUCUUCUGUAAAGCUGUUAUUCACCUCUGCUACUGAGAUACAUGUGCUAGUAGGUUAGGUGAAGGAAUAAGCCAUAAGUGUACAGGUUCUAGUUGGAGCUCUGCUACCAACAGUGUUAUAGCCUUACAGACAAAGUAACUAGGGAUGUGAAUGUACUUGAAAAAUAACUGACAUAUUAAAGCACAGUGCUAAGGCUCUUGCUGUUCAACAAAACUAGAAGUUUUAGAUCCAUGCCCUAGAAUAUACUCUUUUCACUAAACAGGACCCAAAGCAGAAUUUUCAGUAAAAGGCCUUGCCUUAAGUUGGUUUUCCCUAUGUGAUUAACUGCUCAAACAGAGGUGGGCAAAUUACAGCCCACAGGGUGAUCCCGCCCCUCCCCUGCAGCUGCAUAACUUGUGCCCACCCACCUCCCAGGCUUUCCAAUAACCCAGUCCUGGUGCUCUGAGCAGCAUGGUAAGGGGUUGGGGUUGGAUAAGGGGCAGCAGGUCCCAGGGGGCAGUUGGAUGGGAUAGGCAGGGGAGUCCUAGGGGGCCUGGAGGCAGGGCUGUGGAUAGGGGGGUUGGGGGUAGGAUCCCAAGAGGGGGCAGUUGGAGCAAAAAGUGGGAGCGGGGACCAGGCUGGUUGGGGAGGCACAGCCCUCCAUACUGUUUUGCAACCUCAAUGUGGCCCUCUGACCAAAAAGUUUCUAGCACAGGGGUAGGCAAACAGAAAUCUUUGGGAUUUGCAUGUAUAGGACUCUGGUACCUCUCACUCAACAUUUUGGGCCUGGCUUUACAAGAGAAAUAGAACUACUCAGGUGCAAGAGCAUUCAUGAGAUUUAGUCUCAUGAAGGGGGGGAAAAAGUUCACACUAUAUUUGGUGGGAGAAAGAAGAGAAUUGCACCUUAACUGAAGCUUCUGCCAGCUUAAAUAGUUUUUCUGGUGGCUGUAGCCCUGUU